AUGCAGCCCUCUAGUAUGGGUAGUUUUGGCAAACUCUCAGCAGAGGUCAGACUGCUGAUCUGGGAGCAGUCACUAUCAGACGGCAGCACCUCCAUCAUGGCGACAAGCCGAGCUAUCUAUGAAGAUAUCGGUAGCCGACUAUACAACACAAUGGAUAUUCACCUCUAUCCUGUAUACAAUAAGCCGUGGAUGUGGGUUACCUGCCGUCGACUGCGACUAAGCUGGCCCUUUGGGAAUCGGAAUGGCUGUUCCUGUGAUUUGGUACAGAACAUGCCGCACGACAAGAUCAAUCUUACCAUAAAUGUCUACGCCCCGGAUCCGCAGAACAGAUUCCAGGUUAUUCUGCUGUGGAUGAAGAUUCAGGCGCUCGUUGAUAUUCUUCGGGCAGCACCGGCAUCCAAGUCGAUUGAGAUUAAACUACGCCCGGGGAGCGGGAAUAGCUGGAAACUGGAUACAGCAAAUACCAGAGAAGACUUGGGUUCUCGUCUAGAAUAUGGCCAAGAUGCCAUUUUUGUUCUGUUUUGUGGCUUGCGUAAUGUGCGAAGCAUCACCUUGCCACAUGCUAGAAUCACCACGCCACAAAAGAACCCCGGCCUCGACGCCCUAGUCACAGAUAUCGGAUUCACUUUCGACCCCGAGCUAGAUAGACUUCCUGAACAAACAGCAUCGAUACUCCGGCUCGAGAGGUUCGCCACAUGGUCUGAAAGUCCAAUCAGAGAGGCACCUCAUAGAACAAUCAAGACCAUCCGCUUAUACCCAAACACCAUCGCCAUUCACGACCCAGCUCUCAGUAAAGUGCACCUCCGCCAUAAAUUAUUCGAUAUACUCAAUCUCAUCACCUUGCAUGACCCGAGUAAAGAAAGAUACACCAAGUGGACCUAUCCUACCUGGCAGGAUUGGCUGACGGCGUAUCCAGACGGCAUCCAUGAGUUGUCUGAAGAGUUGCUGCGCGCAGAGUCGCAAAUUUCUUCUGCAAAAAUGCGAAUACGAACACCCCAUCUAUUCGAUGGAAUUCCUAGCAAGUGGAGAAAACGUAUAAAAGUAUGGCGCUUAAUGGAAGCCCAUAACGGUCGGAUCUGCGAGCACAGGCCCAGGUAG